CAGGAGCUGGAGGUGCCGGACAGCAGAAGUCUACCUCUGGUUGGUGUGCCCAGCCCCAUCUUCCAGGCAGACGCCGGGAUUGCACCACCUGCAGGGACCUGCCCAGUCUUUCCUGGGUGUGCGGGGAGCGCAGUCCCAGCACAUAGGGGCCGCUGGUCGGGGGCCGCACCGGCAGAAUGGUGUGUGCUCCGGCGGCGGCCCUCGGUCGCGGGGCGCUCUGGGCAGCUGCAUGGGGAGUCCUGCUGCUCACCGGCGCCGCGGAAGCGGAGCAUGGCCGGAAGAAGGUCGUGCACGUGCUGGAAGGGGAGUCGGGCUCGGUGGUGGUGCAGACAGCGCCGGGACAGGUGGUCAGCCACCGGGGUGGCACCAUCGUCUUGCCCUGCCGCUACCACUACGAGGCAGCCGCCCAUGGCCACGACAGCGUCCGCCUCAAGUGGACCAAGGUGGUGGACCCGCUGGCCUUUGCCGAUGUCUUCGUGGCGCUGGGUGCCCAGCACAGGGCGUUUGGCAGCUACCGCGGGCGGGCUGAGCUGCAGGGCGAUGGGCCCGGGGAUGCCUCCCUGGUUCUCCGAAAUGUCACGCUGCAGGAUUAUGGGCGCUAUGAGUGCGAGGUCACCAACGAGCUGGAGGAUGACACUGGCAUGGUCAAGCUGGACCUGGAAGGCGUAGUCUUCCCUUACCACCCGCGUGGAGGCCGCUACAAGCUGACCUUCACGGAGGCGCAACGCGCGUGCGCUGAACAGGACGGCAUCUUGGCGUCGGCUGAGCAGCUGCACGCGGCCUGGCGCGACGGCCUGGACUGGUGCAACGCGGGUUGGCUGCGCGACGGCUCGGUGCAGUACCCGGUGAGCCAGCCCCGGGAACCCUGCGGCGGCCUGGGCGGGGCCGGGAGCGCCGGGGCUGGCGGCGGAGCCUCGGGGGGUGUGCGCAACUACGGCUACCGCCAGAACGCCGAGGAACUCUACGACGCCUUCUGCUUCACAUCCAACCUCCCGGGCCGCGUGUUCUUCCUGAAGCCGCUGCGGCCUGUGCCCUUUGCGGGAGCAGCGCGCGCCUGCGCGGCGCGCGGAGCGGCCGUGGCCAAGGUGGGGCAGUUGUUCGCCGCGUGGAAGCUGCAGCUGCUGGACCGCUGCACCGCAGGCUGGCUGGCAGACGGGAGCGCACGCUACCCCAUCGUGAACCCGCGCGCGCGCUGCGGCGGCCGCCGGCCAGGUGUGCGCAGCCUCGGCUUUCCUGACGCCACGCGCCGCCUCUUCGGCGUCUACUGCUACCGCGCGCCUGGUGCACCGGACCCCGCACCUGGUGGCUGGGGCUGGGGCUGGGCCGGAGGCGGCGGGUGGGCAGGAGGCGCGCGAGACCCCGCCGCCUGGACCCCGCUGCGCGUCUAGGGCCGGGCCGUGGACCACUGGGGAGCUUGGCGGCUGGCCGAGUGCCCUAUGGCCACUUGGAGAUGGACCACACCCUGGAGACUGGCCAUGCACCCUGCGGUGCCCUGCAAGUUGACCAGGCCUCCUGCGGUCCUUAGACCCUGGCCACACCCUCUGAGGUCCCCAGAGUCUGGCCAGUCCCGGGAGCCAAGUCCCCUGGAGUCCCCUGGAAAUCGACCAAGCCCCUCCUCUCCUGGACAGUGGAUUCCUCUCCUCUCCCAGCUUUCUCCAGGAGACAGGGCACACCCUCUGAGAACCACUGGGGACCAACGGAACCCGAGGUCUCCUGAACACUGGAAACGUCUCGCGAGGUCUUCUGGAACUACCCCCAAGGUCGCCGGGAGGCUGGACCCCCGGGAUUAUCUGGAAACUGGGCACACGUCCUAUGCAUCUCCCUGGAGACUGAAGACUGGUCCCCUAAGGUUACCCGGACACUGAACCCUCCUCCCUAUCACCUGUAGAGAAACCAGAAACCUCAGAGUUCGUCAGUUGACCAUGCCACCGUGGUCACAUGGAGACUGUGGGCUCCUGUCCUCUCCUCUAGGGUGACCUGGAGAUUGGUUACUCCCAUUCUCCCCCCUUCUCCCACGAGUCCCCCAGUUUCCAUAGUAACAGGCCAUGUCCCCAGGUCACUGUGGAGAACAGCUCCACCCCUCCAGUUUCAGGGGAGACCACCCUUGUCUGUCACUGUUAAGACAGAUUGACAUGCCCUAGCUGGCUCGCAUUACUGGCAGCCCUGGCCCAUCCCUUAGGUAUCUCUCUGAGGGAGCAAAUCCGUCUUGACCUGACGGCCCCUUUCCUGGCUGUCACCUAAGAGACCAUCUCCCAGGCCCAGAGACCCAUAAAAUCUAUGUCAUUCACUAUAGAGAGAAGCUGCCCCACUUCCCAUUGUUACCAAGGCGACCAGCCCAGCUUCUACCUGUCACCUAGAGUCACACAGCCCUUCCUUCAUCAGUCACACCCAUGGAGUUAGUGCCUCCCUCCUGCAGCUGUAACCAUGGACACCGCACGUUUACUAUCUCACCCACCUUCACCCCAGAGACCUACAACUUCACUCCCACUGUCCUCACCCUGACCAACAGCCAUGGAGACCAGCUUCUCCCCUAACUGUCCUGAGAGUGACCCAACAUUCGGUUCUCCAGCUCUCACCAUGGAAACAGGCUGCUCCUUUCCGCGGGGCGCCCCAGCUCCUUGCUACCCUCCAAGCUCCGCCCCCAAGCGGCUUGGACACACACACCCCGCCCCCCACCCCCCACCCGCAGCUGUUGCCAUGGAGACCACUCUCCGGUGUCUGAGGUAACAGAACACCUGUCCCCCUAGGCUUUCCGUUUCCCCAGGACAACUGACUUCCCAGUUCCCAGGAACUUCUUACGCCCCAUAGGGCUUAAUGGCUGCCCCUUCACCAGAUGGGCCCAGCUCCAGGCAGCAUCUCAGACCCAGGUGGACUUCUGGAGCUGCUGGAUAUCCUCCGUUUGCACGCUAACUAUAUUCCAGACAACAGCUGUUCACGAGACACACUUGUAGCACCCAGAUGAACAAACUGAGGCUCUGGCGUGCCCCUACCCUUUGUGCUAUGCAAGCACUAGCCUCCCGCUUCCUCUCUGAGACCACGUCCCCAUUCUCACUGAGUUCCUCUCUCCUUUCCUAACCUCCCUCCCCCGACAUUUUCCUUCUUAGAGGUCCAGGAGAGGUUGAAUUGUCUUUAAACCUCAAAAUCCUCUCUGAGCUCCAUGUUCUAAAGGGCAAUUUGUGCCAAAAAGUCAGGACCCAAACUCCCCAGUGUUAAUAGCUAGCUCAGGGAGACUGUCCAUGAACAAGGCCACCCCAGCUUUUGGAGACCCCAGUUUCGAGGUCUUGCCUGGAGUGGCACUGGGGUCCCUCCUGGAGCCCUCCAUAUUGUCACAUCCAUCUCCAGGAAACCCAUCUGUGGGUUUUGGAACCAGGUGUGCCUGGGUUCGAAUCCUGCCUCUAUGACCAAGUGACAAAACCCCUGAUCCUAUUUCCUCCUCUGUAUCAAGGCUGUUCUAAGGUCCCGGUGAGUGCAAAGUGUACAGC